AUGACCGAAAAGGCUAAACAGAACCGUAGACCUUGGCACAGUCUGCCGUUGGACGGCUGUUUUGCCGAGAUUGGUGCAUCCACUGAAGGGCUGACGGUAUUGGAAGCUGCAGCGCGUCUAGAAGCGCAUGGACCAAACCUUGUACAGGCAGAGCGCCAGCCCAGUCCGGUUAGACGCUUUUUCCGACAGUUCAACAAUGUUCUGCUUUAUGUGCUGAUCGUGGCUGCGCUGCUCACAGCCCUGCUGGAUCAUUGGCUCGAUACCGCGGUGAUUGUCGCGGCGGUGUUCGUCAAUGCCAUCGUCGGUUUUGUACAGGAGGGCAGGGCGGAGCAAGCCAUUCGUGCCAUUCGCCAGAUGCUGAGCACAAAGGUUUCCGUUAAACGGGCUGGCAGUUUUGUCGAAAUCGAUGCUCAAAAGCUGGUUCCCGGAGAUGUCAUUACCCUGCAGGCGGGCGACCGUGUGCCGGCUGAUGCGCGGAUUUUCGAUAGCCGAAAUGUGGAGGUUGACCAGUCAGUGCUGACGGGUGAAUCGGUAGCCGUGGACAAACAUGACGCCGAUCUGGCGACGCAGGUGGACAUGCAGGACCGUAGCAACAUGGUUUAUGCCGGCACAUUGAUGACGCGUGGUUCGACAAACGCUCUGGUGCUUGCCACCGGGGCCGAAACUGAAAUGGGCCUUAUUUCCGGAGCGUUACAAACCAUCGAGUCUCUCUCGACGCCAUUGCUCGAUAAAAUUUCGCUGUUUUCGCGGCGGAUGUCGCUGUUAAUUCUGGUUAUCUCUGGUGGCGUUGCGUUGUUCGGCGCGUACAUGCACGGCUAUGCCCUGGCGGAGAUGCUCAUCGCAGCGGUAAGCAUUGCGGUUGCUGCAAUUCCUGAGGGGCUGCCGGCAGUCAUUACCAUCACGCUUGCCAUCGGUGUGCGUAAGAUGGCGCGGUGUAAUGCCAUCGUGCGCCGCCUGCCAGCGGUGGAAACCCUGGGGGAGGUCGAUGUCAUCUGUACUGACAAGACCGGUACGCUGACAGCCAACGAAAUGACCGUACGUGUGGUACUCACGGCAGCAGGGAAACAUAUCGUCAGCGGAGUCGGCUAUAGCGAGCCAGGAGAGAUCAGCGCGGACAAUGGUGAGCGCGCGUCUGCCCUGAUUGCGGAAUUAGCAACCGCCGGGGUCUGCUGCAAUGACGCUCGCGUGGAUGUUGAUGCCCACGACGACAGCGUAGUGGGUGAUCCCAUGGAAGCGGCACUGAUUGUGUUGGCGCGUAAAGCAGGGAUCGACAGCGAAGCAACCCAGGAUGCUCUGCCCCGCAUCGACUUGAUACCGUUUGAAUCUGAACAGCGCUUCAUGGCGACCCUGCACCGCACUGCUGAUGAUGGCGGUGUGCUGUAUGUCAAAGGCGCACCGGAAACGGUGCUUACAUUCUGUGUGUCCGAGUUAACUGUUGAUGGGUCCCAGCCCAUCUCGAUGGAGCGUUGGCACACGGGUGUUUCUGAUCUGGCCUGCAGUGGCCAUCGGGUGCUUGCGCUGGCGCGGUACGAGUUGGCCCAAGCAUCCACCAGUAUUGAAGAUCUGGGCUGGCAGGGUAAGUUGCAGCUGCUGGGUGUGAUCGGCGUCGUUGACCCGCCACGUGCGGAGGUUGCUGAGGCUUUAAUCCGCUGCCGGGGUGCUGGUAUCGAAGUCAAGAUGAUUACUGGUGAUCAUGUAGAAACCGCCUUGGCCAUCGGCGGCGAUUUGCAACUGGCGGAGAACCUGACGGUGAUCAGUGGCGAUGCGCUUGAUGGCAUGAGUCCGUCCGCUCUGGAUCAGGCGGCGGUGGACAACCACAUCUUUGCGCGCACCAGUCCGAUGCACAAGCUGUUGCUGGUACAGAGCCUGCAGAAACAAGGGCACAUCGUGGCCAUGACGGGUGAUGGGGUAAACGAUGCUCCGGCGCUUAAACGUGCCAAUGUGGGUGUGGCGAUGGGGCGUAAAGGUACCCAGGCCGCGCGCGAUGCGGCACAUAUGGUGCUGGCGGAUGACAAUUUUGCCUCCAUUGUCGGUGCCGUUGAGGCCGGCCGCAUUAUUUACGACAACAUACGCAAAAGUGUGGUGUUCCUGUUGCCGACCAGCGUUGCCGAAGCGCUGGUCAUUGCUAUCGCGCUGAUAUUUGGUUUGCAGCUGCCCAUGACCCCGGCGCAGAUCUUAUGGAUUAACAUGAUCACUGCGGUCACGUUGGGUGUUGCGCUGGCUUUCGAGCCUGGUGAGGGAUCUGUCAUGCAGCGCCCGCCGGUUCCCUCGCGUGAAUCGCUGAUGAGUCCGAUGGUGUUGUGGCGUACUGCGUUUGUCAGCCUGUUGAUGUUUUCAGGCAUCAUGCUUGUGUUCACCCUGGUAUCUACUGACCACUCUGUGGAAUACGCGCGCACGGUUAGCGUGAACACCCUGGUACUGUUUGAGAUCGUCUACCUUCUGAAUGUAAGGCACCUGCAGUACUCGUCGAUGAGUAUGUCCGGCUUGCUGGGCAACCCGGUAUUGUUUGGCGUCAUUGGCGUGGUGAUAUUUCUGCAGUUGUUGUUUACCUUCACGGCACCCUUUCAACUCCUGUUUGAAUCCAGAACGCUGGAUGUGCAGACCUGGGCCCUUAUCGGGCUUGCCGGGGUGGUUUGCAAGCGGGUAUACAUAUUGGUAGACAAUGCGUGGCAGGCAGUGUCGGCGACGUUCACCCGGGACGGCUCGCUCAACAUCGCUGAGGUGGCGUUAGACCGGCAAAUCGCUGCAGGACAUGGCAACGAUGUGGCGAUCAAAUUUCUGCGUAAAAAUGGCAGCGCCGAAUCUAUCUCUUAUGCUGAAUUGACAGCCGCGACGGCGUGCUUCGCCAGUGCGCUGGAUGCGCAUGACGUUGCGCGUGGUGGUCGGGUGUUCAGCUUGCUGGGGCGAGUUCCGGAACUGUAUGUGACCGCACUCGGCACGCUGCGCCGCGGUGCUGUGUUUACCCCUUUGUUUUCCGCGUUUGGUCCGGAGCCGAUUCGCACCCGAAUGGAAAUUGGCAGCGCUGACGUGCUGGUGACCACCGCAUCAUUGUUUCGCCGCAAAGUCGCGUCGUGGUUUAAGCAGCUCGACAGCUUGAAACACGUCAUCAUUAUUGAUGGCGAACCUGAUGAUGCCCCCGCUGGUACCCUGCAUUACAGCACCUUCAUGGAUGCCGGCGUGCUGGACUAUCCGGCAGUGGCCACUGCGCCAGAUGACCUGGCUCUGAUUCAUUUCACCAGCGGCACCACAGGCAGACCCAAAGGUGUUAUGCAUGUGCAUGAAGCGGUUGUCGGGCACCAUGUCUCAGCGGCUGCGGCCUUAGAUAUGCAUCAGGGUGACAGGUACUGGUGUACGGCAGAUCCGGGUUGGGUAACAGGUACGUCCUACGGCAUCAUUGCGCCACUGACCCAUGGCGUGCAUCUGCUUGUUGAUGAAGCGGAAUUUGAUCCACGGCGCUGGUAUCAGAUACUCGCUGAGGAGCGGGUGAAUGUCUGGUACACAGCACCCACCGCGAUCCGCAUGCUGAUGAAAGCAGGUCUGGAGCUGACCCGUGAACACCAAUUUCCGGAUCUCCGUUUUAUGGCCAGUGUCGGUGAGCCGCUUAAUCCUUCCGCAGUACUCUGGGGGCAGGAAGCGUUCGGCCAGCCGUUUCACGACAACUGGUGGCAGACGGAAACCGGCUGCAUCAUGAUUGCUAACUGCCCGGGGGAAGAAGUAAAACCGGGCGCAAUGGGUAAGGUGCUGCCGGGUGUGGAAGCUGCGGUUGUCGCGCAAAACGCUCCGAGCGAACAGCUGGGCACCGAUCAAGUUGGAGAACUUGUGCUGCGCAAAGGCUGGCCGUCAAUGAUGCGCGGUUACAUAAAUGAGAUGCAGCGUUACGAACGCUGUUUCUCGGGUGAUUGGUAUCAAACCGGGGAUCUGGUUAAACGUGACGUGGACGGGUAUUUCUGGUUCAUCAGUCGCGCUGACGACGUCAUUCAGUCCGCCGGUCAUUUGAUCAGCCCGUUUGAAGUGGAAAGCACAUUGCUGGCCCAUGCUGCGAUAGCGGAAGCUGCGGUGAUCGGAUUGCCGGACGAAACCAUGGGUGAGGCGGUGGCGGCAUUCGUGGCGGUCAAUCCCGGUUACCAGUGGGAUGAAACCCUGCAGCGAGAAGUCAUGGCCCACGCGCGUAAACGCCUGGGUCCAUCAGUGGCACCGCGCAGCAUCGAGUGUUUACCCGAGCUGCCGCGCACCCGUAGCGGCAAGAUCAUGCGCCGUCUGGUGAAAGCGCGGGUCCUGGGUUUGGAAGAAGGCGAUACCUCGACUUUGGAAACUGUUGAAAAUGACUAA